CCGUGUGGAUUGCACUGAAGACAAUCCGUCAGUCGGAUGAGGAAGGGCCUGGGGAGUGGUCUACACUGGAGGCAGAGACAUUAAUGAAAGAUGAUGAGAUCUGUGGAACUAAAAAUCCAACGCCUCAUAAAAUCUUGCUUGACACAAGAUUUGAGCUGCCUUUUGACAUCCCAGAGGAAGAAGCCAGAUAUUGGACCUACAAAUUGGAGCAAAUCAAUGCCUUGGCAGAUGAUAAUGAGUAUUCUAGUCAAGAAGAAGGCCAGAGGAAGCCAUUGCCCACUGCUGCCGCCCAGUGUUGUCACUGGACCUAUUUGGGCUGGGGAGAGCAUCAGAGCUUCGAAGACCCUGACAGUGCCGUUGAUGACCGGGACAGUGACUACCGCAGUGAGACCAGCAAUAGUGCCCCACCUCCUUAUCACACAACCACCCAGCCCAACGCUUCUGUGCACCAGUUCCCUGUGCCAGUGCGAUUGCCACAGCAGCUAUUUCUUCAAGGCAGUUCCCGUGACUCUUGCAAUGACUCUAUGCAGAGUUACGACCUUGAUUAUCCAGAGCGUCGGGCCCUCAGCCCUACCAGCAGUAGUAGAUAUGGCUCCUCCUGUAAUGUGAGUCAAGGAAGCUCUCUGCUGAGUGAGUUGGACCAGUAUCAUGAGCAAGACGAUGAUGGUCGGGAGAGAGACUCCAUUCAUUCUAGUCAUAGCUAUGGCAGCCUCUCCAAAGAUGGCCACACUGGUUUGGGAGAACAAGAGAAAGCCUUGGAAGUGACAUGUGAUUCAGAGGAGAAAACAGGUGAAUCCAAGGAGGAGAGAGAUGAUACCACAAUCUGCCCUCCUUCAGAUCUGGUGCUACACAAGGGCCACAUCGUAGGACCCCAGGAGAGUCUUCCCGAGGAGAAUGCAUCGUCACCAUUUACCCAGGCUAGAGCUCACUGGUUCCGAGCAGUUACCAAGGUCCGACUCCAGCUGCAGGAGUACCUUUCUCAUGUAGCCCGGGACCACCAGCCUAUUGCUCCUACUGAGCUGGGCCUUCCAAUGACUAUCAUUAACCAAGAAAACACCCUGCAGACAAUGAGAUAG